UAGUGCUGUUGGUCCGUGUGGCGCGCAGGGCGCACGGCGCGACGCUGCCUCUCCGCAACGUCAAAUAGCCUUCUUUUUAUCGGACAGGCGACAGAUACCACAAGUCGAGUCCUCCCCCCCUUCCACGCUCCAAGGCAACACUCUGACCAGAGCGGAUUACAGGAUCGAUAGGAACGGAGCAGGGGGGGUCCGUGUCAUCUCGAAAACGCAACGAGCACUGCUCACUCCUGGGGAAAUCUGGAGGCGCGUGGAGGCUUACCGCGCGGGGACAGAGCAGAUUACCGCGCGCCACGGACACUGUCCGAGCUAAUGGGAUCGACCAAACUAGCUGCACCAGUCUACUGAUGACCGGCUCUGGAGAGCAGGCUGCCGUGCGUGUUUGGCUGAGUUACCGUGGAGAGGAAAAGCGCGCGCCUGACAGACCACCAUCCUCUGCUCAGUCAGGUCCGGAGAACUGCAGCACCAGCAGCUCCUCCGGAGCACUACCCCGACCCCCAUCGGAGAUGGUGAGUCACACUCCGUGUCUCCAGGAUCAUCUCAGUGAAUAGCCAGCUACAAAAAAGCUGAAGGAUUUCAGUUUAGCUGGUAAAUAAAGCUCUCUUCCUUCCGCGCAGCGUGGGAGAAAGUGCCACUGCAGUGCUGGUGUGACAUCUCUGUAAAGGCUGAUAAGUGGAGUGAAAGCAGCGUUGAGCGAUCAUCUUUCAUCCUGAGCCGCUCACCUUUCACGCUGUGGCCCCACAGCCAGCCGCGAGGGUUGGACUGUCAGUGGGAAUGCGCCCUCGCUGCCAUGUGGACAGAGCAGCAGCAACAUCCAUGCAAAUCCUCUUCUUUUUGACUCACGCAUGUGAGUGUUAAGCUGGGUUGUUUUGGAGAGAUUUUUGUUGUUUUUUUGUGCAUCCAGUGCAAAGCAAGAUCCCUUUUCGAUUCUCCUCAUUUAUGACUUGUCAUCACUGGCAUGGGCCAUGGCCAAGCCUCUCCUGAAGAUCCAGCGCUACUUCCGGAGGAAGCCCGUUCGAUUUUUCUCCCUCAUCCUCCUCUACCUGACAGCUGGAAGCCUCGUCUUCCUCCACUCUGGCAUCAUCGGGGAGAACUUUCCUGGUACCAGAGGGAGCCGGGACUCUGUCGUAGCCUCAGAGAUGGGCGGUCGGACCUCAUCGGACACCCGCGGGCUCAGCAUCAUGAGCCGAGUCACACGCAGGCCGGGGAGACGGUUCGGUCCCCGUUGGAUGAGGAAGAGCGGGCAUGAGGAAGCUGUACGCAGAGGGGGAGACUACACCAGCGGCUGGAAUCGGGCGCUGAAAGGACGAAAUGCCAAAGACAUGGAAGAUGGAAGAGCAAAGUACAUCGGCUGCUACAUUGACAACACUCAGAAAAGAGCGCUGAGAGGAGUUUCUUUUUUUGACUACAAAAAAAUGACUGUAUUUCGUUGCCAGGACAACUGUGCUGAAAGAGGAUACAUGUAUGCAGGCUUGGAGUUUGGAGCAGAGUGCUACUGUGGCCACAAGAUUCAGGCGUCCAACGUCUCCGACAGCGAAUGCAGCAUGGAGUGUAAGGGGGAGAAGAGCAACGUGUGCGGAGGAGCCAACAGACUGUCCAUCUAUAGGCUGGAGCUGAGCCAGGAGUCAGCCCGCCGCUACGGCAGUGCCAUUUUCAAAGGGUGCUUCCGCCGGCCAGAAAACGUCACGGUGGCUCUCCCCUUCAGCGCCGUCAUCCAAAACAUGUCUGUGGACAAGUGUGUGGACAUGUGCACAGAGAGGGAGAAAUCACUGGCAGUUCUGGCUGGAGACCGGUGUUACUGUGGCUUCCCGACUCCUCUGUUCUCCCUCCAUGACCUGGAGGAUGAAGAAAUGUGUCUCCAUCGCUGUCCGGGCGAGGAGUUUGAGAGCUGUGGGAACGACCAGUUCUUUGUUGUGUACCAGACGCAGGUCCAAGAUAACCGCUGCAUGGACCGCCACUUCCUCCCGUCUCGUGCUAAGCAGCAGAUCGCCCUCGCCAGUUUCCCAGGAGCCGGCAACACCUGGGCUCGCCACCUCAUCGAGCUCGCCACUGGCUUCUACACGGGCAGCUAUUACUUUGAUGGCUCUCUUUACAACAAAGGUUUUAAAGGAGAGCGCGAUCAUUGGCGGAGUGGCAGGACCAUUUGCAUUAAGACACAUGAGAGUGGCAAGAAGGAGAUAGAAGCCUUUGAUUCAAGCAUCCUCAUGAUUCGAAACCCAUACAAGGCGCUUAUGGCAGAAUUUAACCGCAAGUACGGCGGCCAUAUUGGAUUUGCCUCCCAAGCUCACUGGAAAGGGAAAGAGUGGCCUGAGUUUGUCAAGAACUACGCUCCCUGGUGGGCUUCCCACACAUUAGACUGGCUGACCUACGGGAAGAAAGUUCAUGUGGUCCACUUCGAGGACCUGAAGAGGGACCUGUUCUCCCAGCUGAAGGGGAUGGUCCGCUUUCUGGGUUUGAAUGUUUCUGAGGACCGCCUGCUCUGCGUUGAGGGCCAAAAGGACGGAAACUUCAAGCGAUCGGGACUACGGAAGCUUGAGUAUGACCCGUACACGACUGAGAUGCGAACGGCCAUCGACGAACUCAUCAGAACUGUAGACGGCGCCUUGAAGAAAAGAAACAUGUCUGGAGUUCCAGCUGAAUAUAUGCCAAGAUGAUA